CCCAUUUAUAAUACUAGUGAACGUACGAGUACGCAUCCUAUUACUACUUAAAUAUUCGAAUCAAAUCUGUUCUUAAGAUUAUAUAUACUUGUUGUUUUGUUUGUUUGAUUAUUUGUCUACAAGAAAAUCAUUCAAUGGCAGCUGAAAUUUACAUGAUCGACAGUGCUACUACCGGAAAGAAGAGCAGCAAAAGAAGCAAUGGGUUCACAAGGAAAUGUGCUUCUUUGAUCAAGGAACAAAGAGCCAGGAUUUACAUCCUUAGGCGUUGCGCAACCAUGCUUCUUUGCUGGAACAGCCAAGAAGGAGAUGCCGAAUACUAAACAACAAUUCCGUUCCCAUUCCAUUACGCACAACCUAUAUGAUCACUCUUCGACAUCUUAUUCCUCCGCCUGCAUCAAGAAUUCAACCAUCUGUCUCGUGUCGUUUCUCUUCUUCUACUUCUCUGUGUGCUUCUUCUUUUUUGGCUAAGCCGAUCGGAACUGCAUGAGUGCGUAUAAUUACGUCCAUGUAUUGGCUGCUGGGAUCUAUCUUGCUAGGUUGGUUGAUUCGUUUUGGCGUUGGUACGUAGUAUGAAACAAUGACUAUAUCGUGGCCUUUCUAUCCUACCACUCCUAUUUUCCCCCAUUUUUUUACUCAAUUACUUAUUCAAUCGACAUUUCUCUGAUGUUUGAUUCUGGAUAACACUGGGUUUUAUGGGGUUCAUUUGGAGUUGGACAAUAGGUUCACAACAUACAUAGCAUUAUUUGCACGUCUGCCGUCGUUUUUUUUCCCAACCAGCAGCUAGUAUCUCCAUGCUCAUAUAUAUGAGGACGACGAUUAUAUAUGGACCGGUCGAAUCAGCUCUCUCUCCCCUUCGCAAUCGUGUCUCUAAACAUCGAUAGUAAUAUAUAUGUAUAUCAGUAUUUUAAUUUAUCGAUCAAAAAAAAAAAAGUAUAUCAGCACCUUUAUUAUCAUAUAAUAAAGGAUUGAUCGAUGAAUCUAUCAAUGAUUUCUCUUAAUUAUGUUU